CACGUUUUCCCCUCCAUCAGCAUCAUCAGCAAUCGUAACACCAAGUAUCGAUCGAGCUCAGCUACUCCCACCUACCACCUCAUCUCCAACCACGACCACAUCAUUGUUUGACUGCUACCUUCGCACAUACACACACAAUGGCGGAAGUCGGCGAUGCCAACCCCCGCGGGAUCCCCGUUGCGCCGUUCGUCGAGGACGUCGAAUCAUUCGUCAACAGCCGGGCAGAGAUCGAGCCCAACCUCAAAAAAUUUCAGGAGAUGAUCGCUAAAUACCAAUUCAUGGAGAUGAACACGCAGCGCCGGGCGGCGGGGCUGAACGACAAGAUCCCGGACAUCCGCAAGACGCUGGAGACGGUGCAGUUCCUGCAGGCGCGCAAGGGGUCGAAGGCGUUCGAGACGACGUUCGAGCUCAAUGACACGCUGUUCGCGAAGGCGCAGAUCCCCACGGGCACCGACGAGGUGUACCUCUGGCUGGGCGCCAAUGUCAUGCUGGCAUAUCCGAUCGAUGAGGCGAUGGAGCUGCUCGAGGGGAAGCUGACUGCCGCCGAGGAGAGUCUGAGUAAUUGCGAGGAGGACAUGGACUUUCUUAGGCAGCAGAUCACCACGCUCGAGGUCAAUACCGCCAGGCUGUACAAUUAUGAGGUCACACUCAAGAGGAGGGAUAGGGCCGAGGCUGAGGAGGAGCAGAGGAAGGAGAAAAAUUAGCGGGUAAUGGGUGCAU